AUAGUCCUUGUGAUUCAGACCGACCCCCCGCUGAGAAUCACGCAGUUGGGAGGUUUUAAGUCAGACUCCCGUUUUGCGCUGCUUACACCAACCACUACUCACCAAGCACCUCCAGAUUUGUCCAGUAACAUCCCUGAGGACUACCAUGGCCAGAGUUGCAGUUCCUUUGGUUUUGUUGGCGGUUCUGGCCGUAGUUGUGGAAGGGGCUCCUCCCGAGAUUCGGCCGCAGAACCACGCUGUUGUCUCCGACCUACUGGCACAACUCUUCCAAGCCUCGCUGCAGUACCAAGAGACCAACCAGGCUCCACUGGUCAACCUACAGUCGCAAGAAACUGGCCGGGAGGUGGUCAGUGGUCAGAGCGGUCAUCAGAGUGGUCAGGAAGUCCUGACGGGCGUUGAUAACAACGGAAAGUCAUUCGACUGUCGCUGCGAUAUCCUCAGUGCCUGGAGGGACCCAUUUUGUGCUUAUCUGUGUCAGCAGGCGAUUAUUGGCUGAUUGGAUGACGUCAGCAGGAUCCGUUUUCACAUCUCCACACCGCAGAUACGUCACAGCAGCCACAACAACGUCGGUAUGAGACCCACGGGGACAUUGAGUCGUCUCUGGGCUACGGACAUCCCGAUUAUCAUGAUGUUAACAUGUUAGCAACAAAGACAAAAUGGAUAAAUGUCACUUAUAUUAAUGAACCUUAUUGCUCAACAAUCACACAUGGUAUAAUGUAUAGUAACGGCUAUUAAACAACAAUGCUACAAGUCAAUAUAAUUUACAACAGUAUGAAUUACAAUAAAUCGCUGGUAAUGAAUGAAUGAUUUGGCGGUCUUGCUUUUGGAAUGAAGCAAAGAUAAAUUAAGUUAUGUAGGCGGAUAUACGAGUUGGACACGACAAUAGUACAUGGAAAGUGUCAUUCUUUGUACUAGAUAGUAGGGUGAAGUUUCUGUUAGUGGUAAUAGUCUGCUACAGCGUACGUAUUAAUUCUCUUUCUCUCUCUUUACUGUAAGUUAAAAGUACAAGUCUUCACAAAAUAAAAUCCAUCUUCGAUAUUGUCA